AUGAUGUGGCCACUAGAGCAGCUAGCAGCCAGCACUGGACAACACCGGGUGAGCUAUGUUUUGGGAGCAGUCGCCAGUCCUGUGACACAACUACGGAUAAAUGUCGAUUAUGCUCAGCGACGCUGGAAUCAAUCCAACAUAUCACAGGUGUUAGCUGUCAUCGAGUAUCUCCAGAGGCAUAACAAUGUGGCCAAAAUUUUCACCAGGUUCUGGCGGUGA